GUGUUUCCCCGGAUAGGAAAAUGCUCACGACUUUGAUCUUCCACCAGUGCCUCCACAUCACGCCACCCUGAAGUGUUGACGGCCCCUUCACAUGGCUCCAGAGUCUAUGCAGCCAACUGAGACAGGAAAUAAGCAUUCAAAUCGAAAGAGAGAUGGACAAAUCUUCGAGUUCGUUGUUGACACAUGUGCUACUCACAACGGGGCUGCCAGGGCUCUUGUCAGGCGCCAAGCUGCCAGGUCAGGAGCACGGCUGCGUAAGACGCGGGCCACGAAAACCGGAGCGUCUUCCGGGCACGAGGAGUCGUCUAGCGCGCGGGAAGCACCCAACACAAAAUCUGAGACCUUACAGCGUGGUGUGACACCCUCCAGGCUGGGGUCCGUUGUAGCUGGGGCGGUCAAGCAGCCCACUUUCAGCGCAUAUGAGGCUACCAGGGUCAUUUACAACUUCGACGUCACCUCGCUAGAGAGCUUUCUGAACGUGGACAUGCCGGUGGCUGGUUCGAGUUUCAACUCGAUGAUUCAGGACUGCUUGCAACAGUCCGCGGCCUUGAUCAGAACCGGAGACCCGUCAUCUUUUCUCACUCACCUCCCAGCUCGAUAUGGAUCAUCUCCUUUCCUGGACGACGCUGUACACUGCGUGGCUGCAAGGGCUGCCCAGGCGCUCGGACGGUCCAAAACGACCACUCCGCCUUCUUUACUCUACGGGAAAGCACUGCGAAGUCUAAAGAACGGCAUCCAAUUAGGUUCCUGCGCUGACGUUUACUGCGCCACACGGCUUUUUGUGCUUUACGAGUCCCUCGGUGAUGCCGACGUCAAUGCAUUGAUCUUUCACAACAAAGCUGGCAUAGAGCUGCUUAGACGCAUAGGCCCUCCUACUGAUCCAAACUCUUUUGACUGCAUGCUUAUCAAAAGUCAGGGACCUCAAGUUAUGGUAUUCGAGAUACACGAGAAGCAGUCAUCAAUGUUCGAGGCCCCCAGAUGGCAAAACUUCUUUGAUGACGCUGCUUGUAGAGCUAGAGGCAGAGAUGCUCGUUUUUGGUGGAGGUUCUUUGGCACCGUGUGCUUCCUGCCCGGAAUAUUAAGGGACGCAAGAAACCUGUUCUGCACACAAUCCCUCGACUCAUUCGAGUACAUGUCGAAAAACUUGAGUAUUCUCCAGCGGGUGGAGAAAUUGUUCCAGACCCUGCUAAUUAUUCAUGAAGAAUACAAGCAGGCCUUUGGCUCACAAAGGACACUCUCAUUGUGGGAUCUGCCUGACCCCAGUGGCGUCGAGUCGCCAGAUCGCGUCAGGCUGCGCCUGUUCCUCCAUUUUCCAUCCAUGUUCCUCUGCCGCCUUCGGGCCAGUCUUUCUCUGAGUGAGGCUGACCGCGCCGCGAGCGAGGAGGAGGCACAAAGAACCGCGGCCCAGGCCUUACACGUGGAGAAGCUGGCGAAGAACGCGAACCCUAAUAUGGCGUGGCAUUACGCGCAGAGGAACAGCCUGCCAUAUUCUAUCAUACGAACGAGAGAAGACUGGCUUCCUAUCAGUGAACGUGGGCAAAACUGGGAAGAACUAAAGAUCUAUCUUGCGGAGCGUUGGUUGAAGUGGGACAACUCGUGGCACGACACCGUUCUGGUCAAAGAGCUAGGCGAAGGUAGAAGUGAAGAAGGGACUUUCAACUCCGGUGGCUAGAGGUCACUUCUUCACAAUACUCACAUACGGCAAGCAAGCUCGACGGAAAAACUUGGCUGACGCAGUUCAGAGAAGGCAUGAGUGAUUUUAUUCUUAAUCCGUAGAUACCCUAGGGUAUCCGCAAGGCAUACGCUCCCCUGAUGCAGUGGCAAAAAUUC